AUGGAGGAUAGUGCAGGGCAGAAGACAAUGGACACGGCGUUGUUUAGGGUCCCCUUUUCCCAGGGAUUUCAGUCGCCACAGGCAGCUCUGCUUCACAAAGCCAGAUAUUUGGAAGAGAAUUCAGAUGCCGUGAAUCCGCACUGUAAUGACUCCUUCAAACCCUCCUACGACUUUGUCUAUCCAAAUGAUAAAUCUGCAGGAUAUUUUGAUGAACUUCCGCCAUUUAUUGCGAAAUCCAAAGCGUGUUUUGAAGUUGAAGGAAGAGCCUCUUCUUCAGCGUUUUCGUCACAGGCACCGCUGCUCAAAUUGGACUACUCAACCGGAAUCCCUUCUGAACUGUCGAAAAUAAUCCCAAGCGGUUAUAAUAUCCAGAAGAGGAAGCCAGAAAGACCUCAAAGGCAUGUCUUUGAGACCAGAUCUGAAUCAGACAUUAUGGAGGACGGUUUCAAGUGGCGAAAGUAUGGAAAGAAAUUCAUAAAGGGAAACCCUAAUCCCAGGAAUUAUUACAGAUGCUCUUACAGCAACUGCGAUGUUAAGAAGAGAGUGCAACGGGAUGCCCAGGAUAAAGGAAUAGUUAUCACUACAUAUGAGGGAAAACACAACCACGAGAGCUCCACAGCUGUGUAUUACAUAACAAAUCCUCCAAUAUUUGUAGCAGAGCAAGCUUCCUAUUUGGAGAAUUGUCCUCCACUCUCUUAAUACCACUUAGAGAAAGUUCCAUUUAUCAAAAACAUAAAUGAUCUGUGGGAGCCUGAUUCCACUGUAGGUGCUUUUAUUAAUUGAGUAUUUCUAUCUUAGAAUAAUUUGUCUUUAGACUCAUGUAAAUCACUUAUGUUUCACAUGUUU